UGGUUCGGCCAAGUCAGAACUGACAGAAACACUGAUGUUGGAUUAAAGAGCUAUAGGUCAGAGGCUGGGAGGUCUAGAUUUCAGCCAGGAGUCCAAUUUUACCUCCAAACUGAUCCGAAGGAGGCCCAGACUGGAAAAACCCAGUGUGCGUUGUGGAUAUAUACUUUUUCAAAAGGUCAAAGAGGAAAAGCAUUUCAUUUGUUUGGAGCCUCGUCAAUGUCUAGCCAGUUAACUGUGAGCACGAUUUUUGUGAAGUCUUCACCGAGAGAUCCUCAGGGGAAAGAUCUACAAGAGAAUAUCCCUGCUGUGGUGGCAGAGAAAUCUACCAAGACAAAAGUAAAUAACCAAUUCUGAACCUCCUCAGAAAAUGGGAGAUAGCUCUAGACCUGUGACUGCAGAGGAAACAGAAGUCUCAGCUGAGGGUGUGUGUGAAAAACAUGGAGAAGAUGUACAUCUCUUCUGCAUGGAGGACCAAAUUCCACUGUGUGCAGUCCGCAGAGAAUCGAAGGCGCAUGAAUUACACACGGAGAUUCCCAGGGAACAGACAGCAAGUAUGAAAUACCAGGGGACUGGAAGUUCACGGAGUGGGUGGAAGGAAGAGUUGCGGCCAAGCACUUCUGGAGAUUCGAACAUAACAUCUGAUUCCAAAGAGAACGGAGAGAAACUCAGUGGGAAUGAGAAGGACCAUACGGAUGAGCUGAUGUUGAUGGAGCAGUGGGUUGACUUCAACUUCAGCGAAAGGAAGGAAGAAGGCACUCGGUCGAACUCCAGGAUCCAAAACUCUAUCAUAUGGAUUGUUCUGGUAGUAUUUACCAUCCAGAUUGUGGGGCUGGUAACAACUAUCUUAGUUUUUACAAUGGCUAAAACCGACGUGCGGCCCUCCGUCACUCCCACCCCUUGUUGUCCACAUGGCUGGAUCAUGUCCCAAGGGCGCUGCUUUCACUUCUUGGAUCUGGAAGGGGGCUGGGAUGCUGGCCAGCAGCACUGCUCCUCUCUUGGGGCCUCCUUGGCGGUGAUUGACAACUUCGAGAAACUGAACCAGAGUGUUGCAGUGCAUCACAAAGGACCCUUCAACCACUGGGUGGGCCUUCUCAGACAACCAGGCGAGAGCUGGAAAUGGCCCGAUGGUACCGCGUUCAACAACCAGUUUGAAGUAGGAGGAGACGGGCCGUGCGCUUAUCUAAACAACGGGAUUGUGAGCAGCACUGAUUGUUCCACUGAGAAGAAAUAUCUGUGCAGCCAGAGAGCAAGACAAGAGAGGAGCCCCGGCCACUGCAGGGAAACGUGAACGUCAAUAGACUGACCUUGUAUCGGAAGAGAUACCAGCAUUUCCCCACGUCAUGAGCUGCCACUUGCGUGCAUGUGCGGUGGUGUGUCAGCAAGCCCCUAGUUUCUUAGGGUGGCAAGCCCUUGCCAGAUGCAUUGGAGAUCUGAGGAUCCUUAGCACCCAAGCAUUCUUAUAUGGCCCUUUAUGCAUGCAGUGUUUACUCUGCAGCCAACAGCUUUGCCGUGGGGCUUUCCUGCUUUUUUGUUUAAAGGGCAUUGUCCUGCUGAGAAGUGUCCCCAGCUGACCCAAGCUGCCAUUUUACCCACACAUUCUCUCCAGGCAACCACCAGCAGGGGAGGCUGCUGUUGGCUGCCUUUGUGUGCUGUGUUGGGUCUGGCGUUCUUUUGCUAGACCAUGAAAAUUUCAUGUAUAUUUCACUGGUCUGUCGCUCCAGCAAUAGACUGAGCUCCCAAUGGCACCUGGUGGGCCACUGCGAGUAGCAGAGAGCUGGACUAGAUGGACUCUGGUCUGAUCCAGCUGGCUUGUUCUUAUGUUCUUAUUUUUAAAAAAACUUAAAAAGAAACUUCUCCCAAUUGCUCUGAAUUGCUGCCCCAAAAGAGUGUGGAGGAACCGUUGUUGGAGGAGCGAGAAAACCCGAUGCAAAGCAAAUGCAUGCUAUCUCCCUUUCCUGGCGAAGGGAGAGGAAAAGUUGUGCUUUCGGAGGUUUCGGAAGCCGGAGAGAUUCUCUGAUCUGAGGCACGGCGAGUUUGGAAGAGGAGAAAAUGUAGGUGUAGUCAAGAAUCCAAUCUGAAGGGAAUGUACAGUCACUGUGAAGGAGACCACAAGGUCUAUGACUUCCAGAGUCAGUAGAUUGGAAAUCAAGCAUAUAGUAUUGGAGGAAAACACGCUAAAAUGUGUGUGUUUGUUUUUUUCAUUUCUUGUUAUGUGUAGUGCAAAUUUUGGGGCAGAGUCACAGAUACCUGCUGCCUGGGCAAAGGGUAUCCUGUAAUGAUUAAAUUAAACCAGCUACCUCGUUUUUCCUUUGAGAUAGAAAAAAAGGCAAGUUUAGCAUUCUCGGAAUUGUGAAAACUCCCUGAGAAUGUAGCCUAAGAUGGAACCAGAUGACUCAGAAACACAGGGCAACUGGAACAAACUUAUCAUUUUUUAAAACUUCAGUAUUCAGAGCCAUGAUGUUUGAGGCCUGUUGACUGUUUUAGGGCCUAAUCUAAAUGUUUUGGAUUUUGCCACGUCUGAGUUUCUUAAAGGUUCAGAUAUUGGUAGCAAAUUGAGGGGGAGGGCAGAUAGCAACAUCUCCCACUCAAGAGGUGUGAAAGGGGGACUGAAACUAAGACUGCUGUCCAGCUGUUGUUGUGAGUACUUACCUAGACAACUAAGCUGUGUGUGACAACUGAGCUGUUCAGAGAAUGGGCAGGAGAAAACCUGAUGAACGCAAAUAAAUACAAACAUGAUGAACUUCAA